UUCAACAAGUAAGAUGAUUUUUAGGAUACCAUAGAAAUCAACAUAACAUACGGGGAAAGUUGAACAUUCAAUUCAACAUUGCAUCUGGAAAUGAUAUAUGACAACACAAUACAUUGUUAUAUAAUAAUCCAGUUAAAAUGGAUAAUGUAUGUUCCUAUUGUCACAAGAAAGAAGCAGUGAAUGUUAUUCAACCAUGCCAACAUUGCAAAAAAGCUGAUUUUUGUUCUGAAACAUGUAGCAGAAAUCACAAGGCAGAGCACAGAGAGCCCCGACAAAACACCCGUGGAAAAAAUGGCUUUGAAAAAUUGCAAAACGUGACACAUGCACCAACAACAAAAGAUGUACAAGUGAGGCGCAGCAACUCUGUGGUACAAAAUAAAAAACAUAAAAUGAGAAAAAAGUAUUCACGGGAAACAGGAAACUACUUCUUGAUGCAAUGGCUUUCUCGUCUUCAGCAAACAAACGCAUCUUUAUAUAUUGGACCUGCACUUGAACAACCAGGUAUUGAAAAUCGAUACCGAUGGGACAUUGUUCUGGAAAUGUGCGACACAGAUUUUAAAGAGUUUUCCAAACCAUUUACGGAAAUUUUUGUUUCACACAAAGAGCAAAAAGUGAAGGCCCUCAAAGAUCAAGAAGAAGUUGCUUGUCUUGGAGGUUGGGAUUCUAAUCUGAAUACGGAUGAAGACAUACCAGAAUAUAAUAUUACUGAUAAUGUGAGCACUGACGAAGAGAGCUCUCAUUGCUAUUCGAGCGAAGAUGAAGAUUACAGUUCAUUAAAUGAUUCAGAAGACAAAUACAGUUAUAAAACUGAUACAUGGGGACGCAAAACGAUUGAUCAAUUCAAAAAAGACCGGGAAGAUGAGCUUAGAAUCGUUUUGAUUGGAAGAACAGGCGACGGAAAGAGUGCAACAGGAAAUACAAUUCUUGGUAAAAAAAAAUUUCAUUCAAAUUGGUCAGCUUCAUCUGUAACAAAGAGCUGCUCGCAAGGUAUGGCAUUACUAAAUGGGAGGCGCAUCAACGUUCUGGACACCCCAGGUCUUUUUGAUACAAAUAUGCCCACAGAAAAGGUUCAAAAUGAAAUAAGCAAAUUUAUAGCUCUAACUGCACCUGGUCCUCAUGCAGUUGUUAUUGUGAUGCAGCAGGGAAGAUUUACCCCUGAAUUAAAGAAAAUGUUGGAUCACUUCGUCGAUCAUUUUGGAGAAGAAUUGCUGAGGUAUGCAGUAAUUGUCUUUACGCAUUGGGAAGCUAAGAGCGAUAACAAUAUUGUCUUAGAGGAAUUCAUUGGCACUGCACCUAUUGACAUGAAAGCGUUUGUCGCAAGAUGUGGAAAACGAUGCUUAGGAUUAGAUAAUAAAGGUACUCGAAGCUACAGACAAAGAAAGGUUGCAGAACUUAUCCAAAUGGUUAAUAAGGUCGUAGCCACCAAUGGUGGGACAUGCUACAGUAAUGAAAUGUACGAAAGGGCAACCCAAGAAUUGCUAGCCGAUAUGCAAAAGAGAGAAGCUGCGUAUCAAGAAGAGAAAGAAAGAGCUAGACAAAGGAUUAUCCUUGAAGUGUCCGAAAAAUACGAGAAGUUGUUAACAGAUUACCAAUAUAAAAUCAAUGAUCUGGAAAAGGCCAGAGAAGAACAAAAAAAGGAUAUGAUGCAAAUGAAUGAAAAUUUAGAUAGUGUUAAGGAUGAAAUAGAACGAUAUAAAAUUCAAAUAGAAGAGAAAAAAAAGGAACAAGUUAUAGCCAAAACCGAAAACGAGGAGAACAUUCGCAAGCUGGAACUAAAGAUAGAUCAAGUAAAUACGGAUAUGCAUCAGGCCAAAGAAAUAGAUGACAGUAAACAAAAGCAACUUGAUGGCCUUAUGAAGGAAAGGGAUGCACUAAAAAAAAACUCUCAAAAGAAUGAUGGAGAAAUUGAAGAGUUGAAAAGGAAAGUGGAACAAUUGGAUAUAAAAGCAACUGCCGCAGAAAAAACCAAAGAUGAAAUAAAAAAAACAUUAGAAAUUGCAAAAAAUGCUAGGGAACAAUUGAAAAAUGAGAAUAAAAAAUUAUUGGAAAAACUCGAAGAAGAAGCGAGGUUAGGUUUGUACCAAAGAAUAAAGCGAUGGAUAAUUGGUUCUUAAGAUGCCAAUGAAAAGAAAAGCUUAUUUAAGAUAUGUACAUUAACAGUCCGUCCUCUUUAAUAAUAUCGAUCGCAUAAAACGAAGCCAUAUGACACACUAACCUUUGUUUUCCUGAUGUUUUCUCUACUUUUUUUUCUACUUUUUAUUUUUUAUUUAUUUUUUUUUACUUUCUUUCAUUUAUUAUGACGAAAUAUUUAGUAUUCGUAUAAAAGAACAAUAUGCGACACGGAUAUUCAUAAAUGAAAUAUGUUACACAGAAUGGGUAUACACAAGUAAAAUAUCAUGCAUUUAACAUAAAAAAAUGCUAUAUCCUUUCAUGCAAAGCCGAAUUGAAACCUUAAACCGACGACAAACGAUUGAUUCAAUGACAAAAUUAUCAAUGAAUAAAUCGGGGUAAAAGCAUAAAAUUGCACAAGUUAAUUUGCGUUUUUUUUUAAUUUUAACAGCUUUUUAAUAAACACAUAACAUAUCAAUAGAAAACUAAUACUAUAUCAAUGCGUGUAUACAACGUUUAAAAACUGAUGUUCUGUUCUUAAUCUCAUCAUCUUACAUUGCACUAUGAAAACUGAAAAACAUUUCAUGUUAUCUAAAUAGUCCAUAAUACCUGUAUGUUUGACUAUUCUAUAAUGUUGUAAGCUUUGUAGGCAAUUAUUUUCAUUCAAAUUAGGUUAAGUAUUGUAAAGUCAUUAACCUCGGGUUUUUUUUACAAGAGUUUAGUAUGUUUGUUAUUUUAAAUUUUUUUCUAUCAUUUAGUCGUUGCAUUGAAAAUUAAUUUAUGAGCAUGUUUUAGUUUUCAAAUUAUUGCAUAAAAAAUUUUCUCAUUUUCCAUGAUUGCACAAAAUACUUCUUGUCAAAAUAUUAUAGUACAGUUAUAUCAGUGACACACAUCAGUCCAUAUAUGUUUGCCUAUCGCGAAUCAAUAGAUUAUACUAAAAAAGACAUAUGUCUUACAAGACUAGACAAAUGAAUUUGUUCUUGUCCUAAUCAUAAUUUCUAAUAGUGUGUAAUCACUUCUGUAAAUACGCGUCCAAAUCUUUAGAAAUCCGUUGUAGGGCAUCUCGCAGCACAUGUUAACUUGGACAAGGCGCUCUUGGAGAUGUUUGUGUCUUUUUCAUUUAUUUUACAUGCGUAAUCGUUAUUUUUCUUACAUCACAAAAUUCAUUACGAGAUUUUAAAUGAAAAGGUAAUUACAAUGAGGGAAGAUCGAACCUGAUUUAUAUUCACGUAUUUUACUUUCGUCCUGAGAAUGUUAACUGAAAAGUUUGCAGAUUAAAAUAAGUCAAUAAUUACAGACAAUAUUACAAUCAUUAUUGUAAUUCUGCAAGAGUAAUGCACUUUUAUAUUGUGCAAACUUUAGUAAACAUCUUUAUCAUACUCUUCAUUCCACUAGUAGCAAAGGAGAAGGGGCAAUAAGGCCCUUAUUUGGCCCAAAUAUUUCUGCAAAUUUAAAAGUUAUCAUACAUAUUCUUAAAUUUGUCCUAACUAGACUAAGGUACAAGGUAUUCAGAAAAUGAAAACAAAUUUUACAUUUAACGAGUUACCACGGCAACACACUAUGAUGCAAUUUGUAUAUUUUGUAAAAUUUCUUGAUUUUCCUGGUUUUUUAACAAAUUUUAAGUAUAUUUUAGAUUGGCAAAGUAUGUGCGCAUCCAAGAAACAAAUUUAUAUUAAGUGAGAUUAUGUCAAUAGUUAUAAUAAAGCUUCUCUUAAAUUUGUUGUUGUUUCUUGGCUGCGCCAAAUGUUUUCAUAAUGAGAAUAACGAUAGAAAACUGCAUAAAUUCUGUUUUUUUUUUUAUCGUUUUCAUGAAAACGGUACAUAUUAUGACGUAAUUGUGACGUCAUCAGAUAGAAAAUCUUAUAUUUUUCAUUUAUAUUUCUUAACUCUAUGCAUUUCCAAACAUUAUGUGCUAAUUUAGGAUAGUUUUCAAACAUUUUAUUUUCUUGGGCCAAAAACGGGCUUAAAUGCCCCUUCUCCUUUGUAGUAUGAAACGGCUUAGUCUGUAUUGACGUCUUUCGCCGCUCUCUAGUUGGAUUAUUCUCAAGAUAAUAAUAAACAACGUUUAAAGAUGUCAGAUUUUGUCAUAACGUUUUUAGAUCUGUUCGGGUUACCCUCAUUAUAUUAGGAGUUACCUGCUUUAGGUUUAUUAUUAGUUUACCCAAAGUAUGAGUAAAAUAUAAAUAAACACAUGUAUAUAGUCAGGGGCGGAUGUAGCCAUUUUCAAAACGGGGGGAAAAGGGGGGGGGUAUGGAAGGUGUCAACCUAAGAUAAAGAUGGGGAUUCCAACCAUGUGUCCCCAUGUAAAAGCAUUGAUCGUCAAAAAAGGGGUUCCAACCCCCGGACCCCCCCUCCCUUGGAUCCACCACUGUAUAGUUAGCAAUAAACAUUUACUUACUAUAACGAUUAACGUAUUACGAAAUAUUUUUAACACCUAAUCUAAAUGCUUGAUUUAGCGAUACGUAUUUCCUGUUGAUCUGUGAUAAAAUUUAUUGUGCACAUUUUUUAUAGGAUGUUUAUCUAUGACGAGGCGAAAAUUCACUUUACUAACGAUUUUAAAAAAAAUUGGAAAUACGCUGUCGAUACACAGGACAAAAAAAAUGUUAGUUAUGAUUAAUAAUAGCAUUGCUAGUUAAACAUAGUUAAACAAUUUAUAUACAUAAUCGUCAAUCAUUUCAUUAAUUUUCAGUCGCUUGAAAAAAGGAAAGAAAUAUUUCCAUCACUCACUUUUCUUUCAGUCUUUUUAAUUUGUUUCUAAUAAACUUCUUAGAAUCAAUAGGUACUGGGUUAGAUUCAUUUUCCCCGACUAGAAAUGUGUAUAUUUUUGUCAUUAAAUUCAUUUAGCUUUAA